AUGCUUGUACGGCCGUUGAACAACGAACAUGAUCUACAGAGAAUUAACGAAAUUCAGUUGGUCAAAUUAAGGUCUGAAUUCAGAUCCGGGCUAGACGCAUUGACAAGGUUUAUGUACUCCUUGAGCUCUCUUAUUGGGUGGUAUUUUGCAAUGGGGCUCUAA